AUGCCGAGCACUAGUCUCCCUUCUGAUAAGAAUCUGUCUAUCAGUGACCGGCGAGAUGCUGCCCUCAAACUCAUUGGGCAGUUGUUCCCCGACAAAAGUCUUGAAGUCCUUGACCCACAAACCGUUCUCAAGACCUACAAAAAACCCUCCACCAACAACAGCACCACGGGCAACGGCAAUCUUCAGGCCAAAUAUACCUGCGUGACUGAGAAGUUUGACACCAGCUCUGUGGCCUCCAUUUUGGUUGGCCUGUUUACGGAGAUCCCACGUUGGAAGUAUGGAAGUGUCGUCAACUUUGCCACUUAUGCCAACGGCUACCCCAGCCCAGACGACGCCAAGUAUGCAGCCGUCAGCUUGUGGGAGGCGGCGGAACAGUGGAACAGCUACAACUUGGGCGUGACCUUCAAGUGGGUGAACAACCUCAAGCAAGCCGCAUUCGUCCUCGAAUACGGUGGUGAGAAGGGCGGUGUUAUGGCAUCGGCCUUUUUCCCCAACAACACCCAGCCAUUGAACACCAUGUCUGUCUACAGUUUCUCUUUCACGGACAAGAAGAAUAAAGAGACGCUCAAGAACACAUUCCUGCAUGAACUUGGCCACACCCUGGGCCUACGCCAUGAGUUUGCCUUGGACCCCCUCCGUUAUGAGGGAGGGGCACAGGUCUAUGGAACCCGAAACCCCCUGUCCGUGAUGAGCUACAACUUGCCUCCGCAGGUGCAGAAGAGCGAUAUUGAAGAUAUCAAGUCGUUCUAUAAGCUCCCAGCAGAGGUUACGCUGCCAGCAGAUAACAAGACGCCUUCUACGCAGAAGACAAUGAUCAUCAAGGAUUAUACUCCCGCUUGA